AUGGCCUACCUUUUGGAGGGAAGUCUCGUUUUUGGUGUUGGAAUAAUAGCAAUUCUGACGUACAGAUUUUUCAUUAUUCCAAUGCCACCGCAAGCUGAGGAAAAAACAAAGAGGCGGAUUUUACUGUUAAUAUGGUGGAUCUUAGGAAGAGUGACGAAGUUACGAAUGUGGUUGGGAAAAGGUCAUGAAAUGCUGUUACUACAACUGGAACCACCACCUCGGUCACAUCCAGGGGACACUGUAAUCACAGAAAACACUGUGUUAGGAGGCAUUCCAGUCCGAAUUUUUCGGCCCACAAAAACAAAUACCAGCGAUGAGAAACUUCCUGGGGUGAUAUAUUUUCAUGGAGGAGGGUGGUGCUGGGAAGUAUGGGAGGGAUAUGACUCAGUGCUCAGGAUUUUGGUACGAUUAAGGAAAAUGGUCAUUGUAUCAGUUCGCUAUCGCCUCGCUCCAAAAAAUCCAUUUCCGGCUGCACCAGACGAUUGUUUUGCUGUCACCCGUUAUGUCUUAGAAAACACAGAAACCCUUGGAAUAAACCAGAACUAUGUCACGUUGAUGGGAGACAGUGCUGGUGGAAAUUUAGCUAUGGCUAUGAUGAUAAAAUUACUGUCGUCCUCAAUAGAAAGAGAAAACCUUCCAAAAAUCAGGAACUUGGUUCUCAUAUAUCCUGCAUUACAAGCAGUGAAUUUCAGAACGCCAUCUUUCCAAAAAUACAGGGGAUCAAAUGUUCCGACCAUUCUUUCUUCUGAACUAAUGAUGAAAUUUUACGUAGCUUAUGCUUUAGGAAUGGAAAUUGUAAAUGUUGAUGAACUCUUGGAGAACUGUCACUGGACAAAUGAGGUCAAAGAAAAGACCAUCUGGGUAAAGAUCGACACUUUGCCACCUCAGCUUCGUGAGGGGGUUGAUAAUUCAUCCAAACCAAAACUAGUAAAUCCAACUUUAGCAAAGAAAUUAAACAAGUACUUUCUAGAUCCGCUGUUUUCGCCUCUUUUAGUAGACGACAAUGUUUUGAAGAGGUUUCCUGAAUCAUACAUUUUGUCGGCAGAAAUGGAUCCUCUAAGGGAUGACAGUUUCUUUUUAGUUAACAGACUUCACCGACUUGGAAUAAAUGUUAGACAUCGCCAUUGGAAGGGUAUGGAUCAUGGCUUUGUGAGUCUGCCAGAUCUCUUUUCCAGCUCCCAGAAAGCUUUAGCAGAAAUCGUAGAGUAUCUUAAGGAACACUAAUAGACAACUUUAAUGAUGAUGUACGAUUUCUUCGAAAAUCGGCAAACAAGUCAAAAUGUGUAGAUAACGAACAGUGAUCAGUCAUACAAAUACAGUAAACAAAACGAAUUGUGAAGAGGGCAAAAACAUGGACCCCUAGAAACACCAGAGGUGGGAUCAGGUGCCUAGGAGGAGUAAACAUCCCCUGCUGACCCGUCAUAUCCGCUUGAUUCAUGAGAACUCAAAAGAUUGUUUUAAAUGCUUAUU